AUGUAAUAAAACAUUAUAUAUUAAAAAGAGUAGAAAACAAAUAGUUAGUCCUUUUUGGCUAGAAUUUGUUCUUGUUUAAGCUUCCUAAAAUCAAAACAACAAUAAACAAAUCAAUAAAAAUAUCAACUUGGAAUUGAUAGUCCCAAGUCAUCAUUUUUAGUACUAUUCAAAAUAUAUUUAUUUAGGGACAACGCAAACUUAUAGUUCUAGAUUUGGAUGAAACAUUAGUGCACAGUCAAUUUUAAAUUAUAAAUGGUUAUGAUUUUUCAAUAGAUGUAAAAUACAAUUAUAUCUUAGAUUAUUGUUUAAGGUUAAUUAUUCAAAGUCUAUGUAACAAUUAGACCAGGAGUUUAUGAGUUCAUAGAGCAACUUUAUGAAUUUUACGAUAUUGUUUUUUGGACUGCAAGUCUAUAAGAAUAUGCUGAUCCUGUUAUGGAUUUUAUUGAUCCCAAUAAUAGAGCUAUUGGUAGAAUGUAUAGAGAUAGUUGUACACCAUUAUAAAUUGGAUUAACUAAAAACCUAAAUAAGUUGGGAAAAGAUUUGAAAGACAUUAUAAUAGUAGAUGUAAUAAAUAAGAUAUAUUAAAAGAAUUCUGUUGUGUCUUUUCACUUAAACCCAGAAAAUGGAUUUUAAAUAAAAGAUUUCUUUUUUGAUAAGUAAGAUUAAGAACUUGAAUUAAAUCUACCCUUUUUAAUUUGGUUAUCAUAAGUAUAAUAAUUUACCUAUAAAAGUUACCAGAUGUGCGACCAGUUUCUAGUUUAUUUAAAUAAUUUAAUAGUACUUCAUCCAAUGUAUUGAAUAUGAGAAAUGCUAUGACUCUUAAUAGUUAAUAUUAAUAAAAUGAACAAAAGAAAUUUUAAAGUCUAUCAAGAUCUUUAUCAUUAUAAAAAGCAAGAAUGAUGCUUUCAAAUUAAGUGUUUCGAACAUUAACUCUAUCAAAAGAUGAUGAUGAAAUUUAAUUAGACGAAAGCAAAAUCAGAGAUAGAUUAGGAUUAAAUUAGCCUCCAUUUGAAAAAGGAAAUUAACAACAAAAUUAAACUGAUGAAGAAGAUAAAGAUACUUAUGUAAUAUCACAAUGA